AUGUCGUCGAACGAGCGACGUCAUACCGUUCACACCGGCCCGCUUGCGGGUUUACGCGAUGCGUUCGCGCGUUUGAACCGCGGACAACGCGGGGAGACGAGCGGCAAGGUGACAGAUUCAAAAACGAGCUCGAAGCGAAACGCGAGUGAUAAAGCGGAUACCGGGAGGACGUCGCGGGAGGACCUCGGGCGGGCGACGUGGACGUUUUUGCACACGCUCGCGGCGCAGUUUCCGGAAGAGCCGACGCGGAGGCAGGAGCGGGACGCGCGGGAGCUCAUUGGGAUCAUGACGCGGUUGUACCCGUGCGGCGAGUGUGCUCGGCACUUCGAGGAGAUCGUGCGGAAGAACCCACCGGAUUGCACGAGUGGGUUGGAAUUACAGCGGUGGAUGUGCGAGGUGCACAACGAGGUGAACACGUCGCUCGGGAAACCGAUGUUUGAUUGCGCAAAGACAAGCCAGCGAUGGUCUCGAUUGGACUGCGACGGGGACGGCGAGUUGACAGGCUGCUCACUCGAGGAUCGGCGGCGACGGCUGACGAGGUGA